UAAUUUUAUUCAAUUACCUUUAAAUUCAUAGAGUUGUAAUAAAAAAAUAAUAAAAUGACUCAAAAUCCAAUAAGUCUUCAAGUUUCAUUACCUGAAAUGCUUGAUUUGGCACUUGGCACUCCUGAGAUAGGAUCUCUAAACUUGAAUAUCCUUCACAACUUUCUGCAUGUACUCGUUCAUCAAGUAAAUUUGAUCAAUUUAAAAAUUGAGUAUCGCGGAGACGACGCAAACAGGAUAAAAACAAUUAUUUCGUCACUAAAAUCAGGACCGAGUAUUUAUCUACACGAGUAUAGUAUCACUGACAGCGCAGGUAAUGUUAUCAAACGAACCCAUGCUGCUGAAGCACCAGCUGUCGCUGCUGAAAUUUAUACGGUUGAUUCAAAAACAUCCGCAGACCUCGAAGGACCAAAUUCUAAUCUUGCUUCUUCUGCUUCUGAUGUCAAAGAGACGAAAGGAAUUAAACAAAGAAUAGGGGUUGGGGUUGAAGAUAGUCGUCAGUCGGUUAUUUUUGUAGAGCCUAUAAUGGACGGCGCUGUACCUAGUGCGUUAGGAUUUAAAAAAAUAAAUGAAACUGUUGAAAAACUUGAGAAACAGUUCCGAGCAUUAGAAGAAUUAGCAACUAAUCCUGAAAUAAUCGAGCGCAUUAAAACUAGUCGACCGGAUCCGUUAAAUGAUAUGUGGAGUAUGAUUAACAUUAACAAAAGGCUUGAUGCAAGUGAACAAGGAAUUAGUAAACUGAUGACAAUGUUACAAGAUAUAAUCAAAAGUGACGAACAGAGUACAUAUGUUUCUCUGAACGAGAAACAAGAUAGUGUUUCAAACAGUAUAAUUGAUAACUAUACUAACUCUAACGAUCGACUCACAAAAUUAGAAACGGAUCUAAUGAAUAUUGCCGACGAAAUGAUCAAGGUGAAAGAAAUGCUGGAUGUAAGGGAUCAACCUGAGUUACCUCAAGAGCAAAUAACAUUUUCAGAAGAAAUUCCGCUGAAUAUUAAAAAAGAAUUUUAUAGCGAUAGUGACGAUAUGUCGGGAUUGAUGAGAGACUCUGAAACGUACAGCGUCGAUAAUAACAAACUCCCUUCAUUGACAAGUCAAGCCGAUCAAGUAGAAACCCGGAAUGCAAAAGCAGAGAGAAAAUUUUCACCACAACUAAGUGCGGCAUCUGGAUUAGCGACUGCUGGCUCGGCAUCGGGAGAAGAUAAAGCCUUGAUGAAGUCAACUUUGAGUGAUAUCAGUUCAAAAAUUCCAUCUUCUCAUAGCAAACGCAGUUAUAUGAGCAGCUCUGUUCUUAAUGAGCUUAAACUUGAAAUGGCAGCCUUGAAGUCCGAAGUAGAACAAACGAAACAGGACAUUGAAGAACUUCGUCACGAAGUGACACAGUUAAGUGAUCCUUCAACGGAGCCUCUGCCAGAAAAAUCAAUCGAAACUGAAAGUAAUGUCAGGACGAGUAUCAAUGAAACAAAAUCUAGCAUUUCGAAAUCUUCUAAUAACAAGAGAAGUUCGUCUGGCAACAAAGAUCCAGUUGAUACGAAAUAUUCUUCAUCAUUCAUUGCCGUUGACGAAUCUUCGUCAAAAGCUAGCAACACGUCUCUUCCCGGCUCAAAAGAAAUCGGUAUUACCGACAGCCGUCUUACCAACGAAGAUAACAAACGCAAGAGCAAAUCAAUGGGCACCAUCAAAAGUUCGAGGGACUCUCACUCACAAAAUUGUGAUGAAGAUAUAAAAAAUCUUGCAUCUCUUAUUUUAGCUCUAGAACUGAAAAUUCAGACAAUUGAUGAUGAUAGAAAAAUUAACGAGUUGAGUCAUGCAGAUGGAAUCCAGGGUCUUGUUACGAAAAUACAAAAAAUUCAGAAUGAUAUUGAGGGUAUUAGACAAGUUGGCGAUAUACUUACGAAGGAAAAAGAAAAAAGCAAUAUUUUGAUCGAGCAAAUAGAUCUGUUGAAAAUUUUGAAAGCCGAUAAAGAAGAUCUUGAAGACGCAUUGACAGAUAAAGCGGAUAUUGAAAUUGUGAACAGCAAAGUUUCCAAUGAUCUUUUUGAUUCGACUAUUCACGAUUUGACUCAAAGCUUAGAAGCAAUAGAAUCAAAACUGACGGAACAAGAAAAUACAUGGAGCGACGCUUUAGAUACAAUUCAACAAAUUGUGGAUAAUAAACUCGAUAAAGUUGAAAUAUCGCCAAUUAUAGAUAAUAUUAAUGAUGAAUUCCAAGUUAUACAAAAAAAGUUCGAAGAUUUAGAAGAAGAGCGCCAGAAAAACGAAGCAGCUGGAACAAAAAAAAUUCUUAAUGAUGUUUUAUGUAUAUCUUGCAAUAAAAACGUUCUGAUGAGGAUGGAUCAAGGGCCAAUUUACAAAAAUAAGUUCAUUUCGCAUGAAAAUAAUAAUAAUAAACCUUUGAUGAGAUACAACUCCGAUAGAAUGAAAAAACAAUUAAAACAAUACCCGGAUAAAAAUAUUAAUCAGUUUACGGCUUUGAUGAAGGAUACGCGCUGGAAACGAAAUCAGAGAAAUAUAAGGGAGAAAUCUUCAAAGGAUCAUUUUUGCAAUAGAUAUUGUGGAGGAAGUCAUACUAUCACAACAGCACAGCAAAGAGUUAUGAGAGCAGAACCUUAUCCAUCGGAGUGGAGCCCAAAAAUUUUGAAUCCAGGAAUGUCGUUAUCACCCAGACCGAUUGUGUGCAAGCCAGAAAAAAAUGUCUGUUGUUCUGCGUUUAAUGAUCAGUUGGCAGCGAGUAAAGAUUUAUUAGGACGACAAGAUUCAAAUAAAAAUCAAUCGUUACUGAGAAAGGGCUAA